AUGUCCUACCAAACCUAUCGGAAGCCUUUGUUCCUGGCCCUCGCGAGCACGGUAGCACUUGCAGCGACCUACUAUGCCUACAUCAAAUAUGCCGCCAGUCAAAAUAAACCAGUGGUAGUACAGUCUGGAUCUCUUCAUCGCAGCAAUGCCAUUCGACGGCCUAGGACCAGACGCUGCUGGCGGCCUGGAUACCAAGCCACUCACCUCGAUUUCAAUCCUACUGAACGAGCUUUAGCUCAUCUUCUAGUGCGUAACAGUUCCUGUGAAGGUUAUGGAGACUAUCGCAAUACCUACUUCAUUUCCGAGGCAACGCAAGGAACUGAGCUCAAUUUGGGACUUUAUCCCCUAAAUCUCCAGUCGAUCUACGAAUUCUUGGUGCUUCAAUCUGGCGAGCUCUCCCCUCACCUCCGAGACUGUCUCCGCCUCCAUAUACAUGGGUUAUUCAUUCAGAAUUUCCUCCUUGAAGAGUUUCCUGAAGGCUACAUUAUUGGGGAUGAUACCUAUAAUCUGGCAGCCGGGUUAGCCGUCCUCGGAGUUGCAGAGGAAACAGUAUAUGAGGUAGUGAAAGCCUUCGAUGAGGGCAGAGUUCUUUAUACUGAGGCAUGGGAUCCUUUUACCCUUGCUGUCCCAGGUCCAACAAUUCCUCCUGGACACUCCGAUGGGAUAGCUGAAGAUCUAGACCCUCAUGAUGCUCUCCACGCCCUAGCGGAUCACUCGAGAGAUGAGGAUGAAGAAAGUGAGUUGUAUGUCAACAACGACGAUGACGCCGAGGGCAGUCAGAACAUGCUUGACCUGCUCUAUCAUAUCGCCGGUGAACAAGCCCGGAGAGAAGGAUCAGUUCACCGAGGGGUCGAAUGCAACAGCUGUGGGGUACAUCCAAUACAAGGUAUUCGUUACCACUGUGCCAAUUGCUUCGACUUCGAUCUCUGCGAGAGUUGUGAGGCGAGCUCUGCACAUACCAAGAGCCACGUCUUUUACAAGAUUCGUAUCCCUGCUCCCUCGAGGGGUAACAUAAAGCAAGUCAUCCCAAAAUGGUAUCCAGGAAGGCCCACUGCGUUCUUGAACACCUUGCCGAAGGAGAUAUCAGGGCCACUUCUCGAAGAGACAACCUAUGACCGGACGGAAAUCGAUGCACUUUACGAACAAUUCACGUGCCUUGCAGGACAUUACUGGAAUGCCGACCCAGCAAACCUUGGGUUUGCCAUUGACCGUAAAGGUUUUGACGCCUAUUUUAUUCCCACAACAUUCGACAAGCCCUCUCCAGCAAAUUUGAUUUACGACCGUAUAUUUGCAUUCUAUGACACGAACCAUGACGGACUGAUUGGAUUUCACGAAUUCAUUCGCGGUCUUGCGCGCCUACAGGACAAAUCCCGCGCCUCCAGACUCAAACGUAUAUUUCAGGGCUACGACUUGGAUGCCGAUGGGUAUGUGGAUCGCAAAGAUUUUCUCCGCAUGUUUCGUGCAUAUUAUGCGUUAAGCAAGGAGCUCAGCCGCGAAAUGGUCAAUGUACACGACGAUUUUGGUUUCGAAUACGUAGAAGAAGAAAUCCGAGAAAUUGUCCAAAGCAGUCAACCCCUCAGUGCUGCAUUUACUGCGGGUAAUCUCUACAGCCAUGAGUCCAGGACUGGACAGAGCAAGAUGCGUCAACCCAAUGGCGAUCUGCUGCCAGUCAACGGUCAUGAUGGGGUCCUGGAACACGAUUCGACCAUGCAAGGAGAUCCUGCUCAAGCGAUCGGCAAUGCUGCGCUCGGCGAUCGCACUAGGAAUCAUCCGUUUCGAUCCUUCAGACAAGAAUCGCCAGAAGAUGAGUCGUUACUCCUUUUGCCAACAAAUAGUAAUUUCAUUGGAUCUGGGUUCCAAGAUUAUGACGAAGCCACUGAGGCGGAGAUGUCUGGGCCGGACCCGCCUCUACAAACUUACGGCUGGCCUCCACCAUUAUCGCCCGAACCAAGGGACAUCAUUGACGCACUUGGUCAGGAGGUGUCACUUGACGACAUCACGGACCCUGUUGAUAGAUCCCGGGUUUUGUACGCUCAGUCGCAACGUCUGGACACGGCAUUCGAUCAGAGCGCUGAAAAUACCAGGAAAACUGCCGUGGAAGACAGGUGGGAAAGAAGACAGUUCUACCUCGAUCAGGAAGAGGGCCUGAGCAAACCUCCCGGCUAUACCGAGCCUGAUAGCUCCGAUGACGAGGCAAGCCUUCCCGAAGCAAAGGAAAGCAAGAGGACGAAGGCAAGCCCACGACGACAAUCUAUGCAGUCGAGAUCUUCGUCUAAAGUACGCUUCGACGACAGUGCCAUCGACACGGAUUACGAGACUCGUUCCAACGCAUCGUCAAGAAGUGUACCUGCCAAUGAAAGGUGGGGCGGCCAUGAGCUAGGUCAAGCGGAAGCCGACAUUGGUAAAGACAUCUUGUAUCAAGCUGUUCAGCAAGGUUUCAACGAAUUACUUGAUCUUCUCUUCAAGGACAAGGAGGACGAUUGGCUCGCCUCACACAAAACCCGCCAUCUACGACUCAGAUUCCGUGCAGAACAGGAUGAGUACAAACGAUCUCUUGAGCAGUCAGAAGACAAGCAGGCAGCGGCACUGGAGGAGGCAGACAGACUACGGACAGAAGAACUACUUUUGGGUACACAACCCAAAGCUGAAAUCGAAGGCAAGCCCGAAGUCCUCACUUCAAACCCUAACAUGGAAAUAGUGGAUGUGACCAGUUUUGAACCAGUAGCUAUACCGCCAGCUGACCCCGACGACCACAUUGAACUGAUGUUUGGCUCGACGCCUCCAGUCGCCACGAAUUCAAAAACACGAUCAAGUGGUUCAUAUCAUGACCCAACCCUACCACAAUUUAGACCCGAUGAAGGUGAUGAUGAGGGUUCUAACAGCAAUUUGAGUCGAGUCUCUACCCCUACAUCAGAGGAUGCUCCGAAUCCAUUUGUAGGGGACCAAGCGAAGCAGAUCUACGAACUCUGGACGCGACACGAUGAGAUUGACGACGAGGCUGAGCAGCGUGGCGGGUUUGGAAAGCUGAGCUUUGAUGAGUUCUGCAAGAAGAUGGUCCCCAAUGAUGAGGUAGAGAAAGCACUUGGGAUCAAGGACAAGAGAGAUGGCGAGCAAGAAACGUGGGAAAGUAGCGCAGAGCUGGGGAGACUGGCGUUUGUCGGUACGUGGUUGGAAAUGGCAAGCUUUUAG